AGAUUGAUCAAUUGUAAAAAAUGAGUUACAGUAUGAAAGGAGACACAUCAGAAGAUAGUGAAGAUGCCUGUGAAGAUGAACCAGAAAAGAAAAAAAUGAAAGGAAAAUUCAAACAGAAAAAAACAAAGUCAAUAAGGCAAUCAAAUCAAGGAAUCUCCGAUGAUGAUUACCGUGAGCUAUUGCAUGAUAUAUCAGAAUGGUAUGAUGGAAGUGACUCCAUUAGUAUGCUGAAAGUAUUGUACAGAGAUCAUGUGACUGAUGUUCAUACACUAGAUAAAGCUAAUAAGAUGCGUGACUUGCUGGAAAACUUGCAUACUUCUGGGAAUCUGAGUCCAACAGAUCUUAAUAUUCUGUAUGACACCAUAAAUAUAACUAAACAAUUUGGAUUCCAACCAAAAAAUGAGGAUCUGCUUCCAUUAUUCCAGAAUGUUAGGAAGUUUGAAAUAUCAAAAUUCACACCACACAGGCAAAAGCUUGUAAAUCUAGGAAUGACAUUGAAUGAAGCGGAUGUAGCAACACUUGAUGGUUGGUUUAACACACAACAAAAAAAAUAUGCAGACAGUUGGCAUUUAAUUAAAGAUCUAGAACAUAGAAGAGUGAUUUGUGAAGAAAACAUGAAAGCAUUUAUUGAAACUUUGAAGAAGCUCCAACACUUUUUGGCUGUGGAAGCUCUUAUAGAAGGAUAUGGUGGAUCAGCAAAUGAUGUGGGAGAAAGUACAAUGUCUGGUCAUCGACAGCAGCAACCCCCUCCAGCAAGACAAUCGUUCCUGCCUCAACAGCUGCAGCAGCCCCAAGAACAGACGCUGACUUAUCAAUAUUUAAUCCGAAACCAGUCGACGACCAAUUCGUUGGGAUUAGAUGUGCAGGGCACCCCAAGUAUAUCUUCAAACUCUACUGGGCUUAGUGAUGAAGACAAGAUUAUCAGAGAAUAUCUACUAAGUAGACAAAAGAGAGUGUGUAGCACUAAUAGAUUGUUUACACCAGCAACUUUGAAUACUGCAUACCAUGUAGAUAUUGCUGACAUGUUCACUGACCUCGACCUACUCAAAGAAGGUAAAAACCAAGUGAAGGAUGAUGCCAAGCCAACAACUUUGAAGGAGGUUUUAGAUAUUAUAAAAUCAACACCUGCAUGUAAAGUUCUAAUAGAAGGUGAGGGCGGUAUCGGCAAAUCAACCCUCCUCAGGUACUUAGCAUUCAAAUGGUCCACAGGGCAAUCAGAUGUAAUCUUCAAAGGUAAAAUAGUGUUUCUUGUUCAGAUCAGAGAUAUUGAUGAAGAUAAAACUAUUUUGGAUGCUAUUUUGAAACAAAUAAACCUUGAGGAUUUUCAUCUUGAAACAGAACUUCCUAAAAAUCCUAUAUUAAUAAAACGAUUUAUUCGGAAACACAAUGAUAUCAUAUUGCUAUUGGAUGGAUUAGAUGAAUUGAAAGGUGGUUGUGAGAGUCCAAUAUGCAUUUUUAAAAAUGAAAUAAUGUAUAAAUGUAAAGUGAUACUUACAUCACGAUCUGAAAACCUCAAUGAGUUCAUUAAAUAUUGUAGCAUACAUGUGAAAGUAAAUGGAUUUAAUAGAAAUAAUGUAAAAAAAUACAUUAAGAAACAUUUUGCUUUCUUUAAAAAAACUGAAUUAGGCGACUUGCUAAUUAAGGAGUUAUUAGGACCCAUGUUCAAUACACAUAUGGAAGUAUAUUCUAUGUGUAAGAAUCCAAUGUUGCUUCUGUUAGUAUGUGUCAUGUGGGAAGAAAAGAAACACCUUCCAGCUGAUAAAGCUGAACUCUUUAAGGAUAUUUUUAGAUGCUUUUUGAAUCAGUUUAUUGACAAAAAAGCAGAAAAAGAGCAAAAAAUCUCAAUAUUUGAAAAUACUCCAGAGAAGUAUGUUGAGGCAAUGCUUCUGUUAGGAAAGUGUUUCUAUGAAAGCUUAAAGAAAAACCAACUUUCAGUUAACAAGAGAGAUUUGAAAGGACCAAACGAAAUGGUUGCACUGGCCUUAAAACUGGGAUUUGUAUACGAAGAUACACCAAAUCUAAAAUCAGAUUUCGAUGAGAUUUUUACGACGCCUCACAAGUUAAUAGUAGAGUCAUUAGUAGGGUUUUACUUAUACAAACUAUGUCAAACAGAAAUGGAGAAUGAGUGUUCAAAGGACAUGGAAAUACUACUUAAGCCAUUGGCUGAUAAUGAAUGGCAAAUGAUAAGAAGAAGUGAAUAUUUUCACAUGGCAAGGGUGUUUACAAUUGGAUUCCUAGGUGCCAAGUCUGCUAGGUUUUUAAGUCAUUGGAUAUCUAAUGAUGUCUCAACAUAUCAUUCUUUAAUGACAUAUUUAGAAUUUGUAAAAAAAGAGCACAUGGAUACAGUAGAAAAUGCAGUUAUUGAUCACAUGACCAUGACAGAUUUAGAAAUAAAGCCACAUAUUUAUGGAAUUUGUAAAUCAGUAAGAACAUUUAUCAGUUACAUCAUUCCCAAUGUAGGGCUUAAUCAAAAUAAGCAUUUCAUACAGCUUAUGAGAAUAAUUGGAUAUAUAUAUAAACAUCAAUGUUUAAAUGAAAAAGUGUUAACUGACAUUAAUCGUUUUUUUAGAGGGAUGUCAUCAGGAGUAAAAGGCAGAAUGCUUGCUCAUGUUAUGAUUGCUGCUGUAUCAAAUGAUACACAAAGCUAUUUGUUUAAAGAAAUAGUUUGUAGAAUAUGUAUUGCUGAUGAUGUUUCAUAUUUAACAGCUGAGUUUCGGAAACUGAAUUUCAAAUAUAAUAUAACAAAUUAUAAUUUGUCGGAGCAAACGACAGUUUCAUGUGCGGUUCAUUUGUUUACUAAUGCACCACAACUUACUGCUUUACAUUCAUAUGGUUCAUUUGCUAUGAAUGAUGUGAUUAGAGAGUGUUCAAGUAGAAAAGUCAAGUUGGAAUUAAGGCAGCUUGAUAUCAGUAAAAAUGAUCUCAGUAACAUUAAUGGGUCUUCAUUUGCAUCCUUAUUUCUUACAACUAAACUGAAUUUCCUUUACCUUAAUGAUUGCAGACUGUCUGGUGAUAUUAUAAGUGAUAUGAUUAGAGAGUGUUCAAGUAGAGGAGUCAAGUUGGAAUUAUCGCAGCUUGAUAUCAGUAAAAAUAAUCUUAGUAACAUUGAUGGCUCUUUAUUUGCGUCCUUAUUUAUUUCACCUGAAUUGAAUAUGCUUGAUCUGAUUGGUUGCACUCUGUCAGGUGAUAUUAUAAAUGAUAUGAUUAGAGAGUGUUCUAGUAGAGGAGUCAAGUUGGAAUUAGAGACGCUUAAUAUCAGUAAUAAUUAUCUUUGUAACAUUGAUGGUUCUUCAUUAGCAUCCUUAUUUAUUACACCUACACUGAAUAUGCUUGGCCUGAGCAAUUGCACUUUGUCUGGUGAUAUUAUAAAUGAUAUGAUUAGAGAGUGUUCAAGUAGAGGAGUCAAGUUGGAAUUAGAGAAGCUUAAUAUCAGUAAUAAUAAUCUCAGUAACAUUGAUGGCUCUUCAUUUGCAUCCUUAUUUAUUAUUACACCUAAACUGAUUAUGCUUAACCUUGCCAAUUGCACUUUGUCUGGUGAUAUUAUAAAUGAUAUGAUUAGAGAGUGUUCAAGUAGAGGAGUCAAGUUGGAAUUAAGGGACCUUGAUAUCAGUAAUAAUAAUCUCAGUAACAUUGAUGGCUCUUCAUUUUCAUCCUUAUUUAUUACUCCUAAACUGAAGCAUCUGUACAUGAGUAAUUGCAGUCUCUCAGGUGAUACAAUGAAUAUUAUUAGAGAGUGGUGUUCUAGUAGAAAAGUCAAUUUUGAAUUAUAACAGCUUUACACCAUUCAAUUGUUCCAGUAGAAGAGUGAAGUUGGAUGUAGCUUUAUAUCAGUGGUAAUAAUCUUAGUAACAUUUGGUUUUUUAGACUACAAUAAGGCAAAAGAUAAUAGUUAUCCUACAUUUUUACAAUCUGCAACUUAACCCUUUGGCAAGACAAGAGGGUUUUUUUUAGGUAAAAAUGACCAAAUACAAUUAUUUGAUCGUUGCUGUCUCGCCACUUGGAUAAAAAGAAAAAGCAGCCUUCAUUUUAAACCAUUUAGAGUUACUUUAGUUUCUAAUGACUGAAAGAAUACUGUAAAUAAGUUAAUCAUAAAUAAGUACAGGCCUACUCAAUUAAUUUGAUUAAAUAUUAUUAUGUAAAUAAUUAAAUGAAUAAGCUAAAUGUGAAUACUUGUAUAGUUUAUGAACUUGUAUUUAUUAAACCAUAAAUGAUUAAAUAAAUAUUGUAGUAAAUUGGCCUACUCAAUUACUGCUCUUUGUAUAUAAAUUAUUAAAUAAGUUACACAAUAGUACAUAGGCCUACUCAAUUACUACUGUCUGUAUUAUAAAUUAUUAAAUA